GUUUUUGUGUUCGGAAAGUAGGUGUAACUGGUUUCAAAAUUAUCGAAUCAACGAUUUGGCUUCAUUGCGACCCAAAAUCCAAAACCCUAAUAUGGAACCCUCGCCAUCGGAGGAUCUCGAAGAUUACGGACCGUCGUCGACACUUAUCGGGUUUGAUCGCCCGCUUCCAUUGCUCCGUGGUCCCGUCUCUGUCGGUCCGCAUGACGACGCAUCGGCCGGUUCGUUCGUUCUUGCAUUCAGAGACCCCAGAACUUGGGCGAACGCGUACAGAGUCUGUGAGUCCAAGAUUAUCGACCAGUGCGUGUCUGGAGCCAGGAUCGGGUGCUCGAUCAGCGCCUCGAGCAAGUGUAAGCCCCCGUGGUGGCGGGCUCUGACUGGUUUUAGGGCUUCGGAUUUGAAGGAGAGGGAGCAAUGUGAAGAGCGAGAGAUGAAGGGCUGUUUGGAGGUGGCGAAGGAGAAGUGUUCUGGGUUCGCCAAAGAACGGUGCUUGAAGUCGUUUAGGGAUGCGAGGGUUGUGGCUAGGGAUAUAAAUGCGAAGCAGGUUCAGAGGUUGGUUUGCUUGGUAACUUUGGGGGAUAAGAGUACGUGGGUUGGUUUGAUUGGAUUCAAUCAAUUGGUUUAUAAUCGAGAAUUUGGGACAAGGUAUUAUAGGGCCAGUGAAUUACUUGGUUCUUGUAGUGAUAUUGAUUGCAUUUUAGGUGGAAUUAGUGGCAAGGAAACAUCGCAGUAGUGGGAUUUUACUUCGAAAAAAUUGAGCUUAUGGAUUAUCGAUUUUGAAAAGAAAUACGUGAGAUAGCAAUGUUUCACAAAAUUAAAAGCAUCUGGAGUCUAUCUGGAGGCAGUUUACACUUGGACCUGGUGCUGCUGUGCCAUUGUUGAGAAAGUGAUAUUCCCAGGAAUCAUAGAUAAGAUUACAGUGCACAACCAAACACAAUGAUGUAAGUUUCCAGACUAUCAGAUUACUCUCUUCAACUUUUCCAGUAAUAUGAAAACUGCAAACUCCUUAUACCAAAUGGCCUUGGGUCAUCUUUAUCUUGGUAUUUUUAGUCUGUUUUUGUGUGAGUUUUUGUUGCAGGUACAAGUGAGUGUUUGCUGAAAUAGCUGAAGCAGAAGCGAGAUCUGGUGGGAUAUCAUAUUACAGUUCGAGGGGAUCUCGAAGAAUUUGUUUGAAUGUAUUUCAGAAGUUCAUGUUCUUGAGGGGAUUGCUCAAGAGAUUAGUAGAUCUAAUUCAAUACUUAGAUUUCUUUUUAGAAGUUGUUUUUUGCUAAGUGUUCAUUGGAAAUAGUGAUUGUUUUCAUAAUAUUGGUGUUGUUUGGUAACACUUAAAAAAAAAUAGUUUUUUAUUUAAUUAAUUAAAAAUUUGACAAUUAAACAUAAAAUGUGUUUGGUAACUCUAUUUUUAUUUAUUAUUUUUUUAAAUUUGAAUUAAAAUUCAUUAAAUUUUGAAAAUAAAAUUUUUUUACUUUUAAAAUUUUUUUAAACCGUUUUCGAUUUUUUUUUCUUCUUUGAAUCAAUAUCUCAUAUUGUUAAAAAAAAUAAAAA